AUGUUUUCCAGCAAACUUGGAAUUGUGUUAUUCAUUGUUAUUGUCCCAACAGUGGAUUUUUUAGAUGGAGUAAAGAUUGAACAGGACAACAAGGAAACUUUUACCCAAUAUUGGGUAUCUAAACACAAAGAACAUUUUGACGCCUUGGACGUCAACCACGACGGGAAUGUAACGGAAAGGGAGCUCACUGUUGUACCAACUAACCGUGCUAAACAUGUUUUGCCAUCAUGGAGAGUUAAGGCAGUGUAUGGGGUAUUGAACAUGGCGUAUCACACAUGGUGGUCAAAUGAAUACACCGACUAUAAGACAUCCAUUUCAUUUGAUGAUUGGAUCCAAUCUUUUGGAAAAGAUAUGGUUUAUACGGGUGAUGAGGUAGACGAAUUUGCUUUGGACUUUUUUCAUAUUGUUGAGGUCGACUGCAAUGAAGAGUUAACACUUAAGGAGUACUCCAAAUUUCUUGACAUAUUUCGUAACACGGCUGACAUUCAAGUAAUUUUCCGUGCCAUUGACAUCGAUAGAAAUAACGUUAUUGAUGUAAAAGAGUUUUUAUAUGGAAUCAAAGGCUUUACCUACGAUGAAGCACCUGACUCCGCUGCAUACAUUUUCGGGUCUCGGGAUAAAGAGAGUUGA